GCCGCCCUUUCGUUCCUCGCUCCAUUGAGGGUCUUCGAAACCCUCGUCUUCACGCUGCCCUUUCUCCUUAUUUUUUAUUUUCUUUUAAUUUCCUUCCUUCUCCGGCUGUCAUCCGGCAAUAACUGCUCACUUGCCGGAAAAUCUUUUGGUAUUCCUUGCCCUUUUUCCCCGUGCUGACGCAGUACCUCAUGGUUUCUCAGCCAUCUACAGUCGAACUUUCUUGCCGGAUGUUCGCCGGAGUCCGACCAAUCUGAUUUAAUCUCGUGCAUGCAUGGCGUCCGCUCUCUUGGCCAGUCGGAAUGAGCCGUAUUGGGGAGAACGGAAGGUUUAUAUGAGGAAAAACCCUAGUUCUAACCCUCUCCUUAAGGCCAACCCUAACCCUAACUCCAACCCUAACAAGUCGAUCUAUGACCCUCCAAAACAAAUUCAUGGCCGGCAGGCUGAUGAAUCAGCGGGCGUUUCUCCGGCACUGUCAAACGAUUCGUCUUCACUGAAAGGGAAAUCGAUCAACCACAACAAUCGAAGAGAAUCGUCACUUGGUGGAUACGUUACCUUCAAUAUCGCAGCUUAUUCGAGAAGAGAGCUAAAGGAGCUCAAGAAACGCCUGAUCUCGGAGCUAGAACAAGUCCGGAGCUUGAGCAGCCGGAUCGAACUGAGAGAAAUCCAAUCUAGAUCCGGUUACAGCGCUUCUGGCGGCUAUGGAGGUAAGGAAGUCACCUCUGCGACAAGGCCGCCUUUACAUCUAAACCAGUCCUUAGAUUCAUCAGGUGCCGAUGGAGCAAAAGAGAAACGGACUCCGAAUGCGAACCAGUGCUAUGGGCCCUCUGAUUUUGUCACGGGAAAGGAGAGAAUGCCUCCUGAUGGCAAGAAAGGUUCAGGGAGCAAACGUCCUCUUCCUCCGGCCUCUGGCAGAGACCCAAAGAGGGCAGCAUUAGAACCCGCCUCAACGGGCAAGCUAAUUUCCGGUGCAAUGAAGCGCUGCGGGCAGAUCUUGUCCAAAUUGAUGAAGCACAAGCACGGAUGGAUCUUUAAUGUCCCUGUUGAUGUUGAUGGCAUGGGGCUUCACGACUACAACCAGAUAAUCAAGCACCCAAUGGACCUUGGAACCGUUAAGACGAAGCUUGGCAAAAAUCUCUAUGCAUCGCCUCUUGAUUUUGCCUCUGAUGUUCGAUUAACCUUCAACAAUGCCCUUGUAUAUAAUCCUAAGGGUCAUGAUGUUUAUAACAUAGCGGAGCAGCUGCUGGCUCGCUUCGAGGAGAUGUUUAAGCCUUCUUACAAGAAGUUCGAGAAUGAGCAGCAACGCAUGAUUGCUGUCUCCACCCACGCCGCGACUACAAUUGCUGCCUCUGCGAUGGAGAUGCGACGAAACUCUUGGACUCGAGUUCCAACACCGGAGAGGUCAAGAAAACUUGAACACGCUCCGGUUUCAACCGCAAGACAGGCUCCAGUAUCAAAUCCCCCACCAAACCCUCAAGCGGCACAGAGACCAGCUCAAACGCCCCCAUCGGCUGCUAUGAAACCAUUGAUGGCAGCAAGGUCUGCCAUGGUAAAGCAGCCAAAGCCGAAGGCAAAGGAUCCAAACAAACGGGAAAUGAGCUUUGAGGAGAAAGAAAAGCUGGGAAAGAACCUCGAAAGCCUCCCAGACGAGAAGAUGGUACAGGUGUUGCAGAUCAUAAAGAAAAGAAACGCUAAAUUGGCGCAGCAGGGGGAUGAGAUCGAGCUUGAUAUUGAAGUUCUGGACACUGAGACGCUUUGGGAGCUUGAUCGUUUUGUAUUCAAUUUCAAGAAGGUGAUGAGCAAGAUUAAGAGGCAAUCAAUUGCUACCAACCCGCUUUCCGUGGCCCAAGACAGCCAGGCUUUGGUCGAUGAGAAAACUGAGGCAGCAGCAGCAGCAGCAGCAGCUCCAAUGUCAGCUUCUGCAAAGAAGGUUAAGAAAGGGGAAACAGUGGAGGAGGAUGUUGAUAUUGGGGAGGAUAUCCCAACAAACAACUUCCCCCCUGUGGAGAUUGAGAAGGAUGCUGGCUGUGCGAGCAGAUCGAGCAGCUCUAGCAGUUCAAGCAGUGACUCGUCCUCAUCCAGCGAUUCGGAUUCAGGAAGCUCGUCUGGAAGCGAUUCUGAUACUGAUGAGGCACAGUCCCCUUUUGUUGAGUCAAGAGUUUCGCCCAGGACCCAAGGAAGUUAAGUAGGAAUGGUGGGCGGAUGUGGAAUGAUCCAAUCCAAACUGGGAGACGGCCAGGCGUUGAAUUGGGGGAAAUGAAGAUGGAAUGGAGAGUACAGCUUCUCUCCUUCACAUAAGCUGCGUUGCAAUUUCUGCCGUUGUGUUGUGCGAGUUUAUACAAGAUGGUGAAGCUCAGGUUCUUCUUUGUGGGUUGUAUUGGUUUUUCCGAUUUUUUUCCUUUUGGUGGUUGCAGUGGGAAAAGGGAAGGGGGGGGGGGAGCGGUGCAGAGUUGGCUCUGGCGCUCCUUAUUUUGUAAUAUAUGUAAAAAAAAGACGGGGAUCAAAAACAACUGAGAUAAAAGAAGAUUUAAGAGAUAGAUCUGUUGACUGUCGAGAUUGAGUUUGUGUAGGUAUUUAGGUUAGUGGACCCACAAAAUCAAAGAGAGGAGAUAGAAUUGAGAUACUUAAUUUUGUACCAUACAAUAUCACCAUAUGAUUUUCUCAUCAGAGAGAGGGAUCUUUUGACAAUUCAAUUCUUUUCUUCCUUGAGCUUU